CCUGCCGCGUCAUUUCCUUUACGGAAGAGAAGCAAGCGUGGUGGAAAUGUUGACCAUCGCCGGCUCCGCGAUUCAAAGACUAGAACAGUUUUUACACAAACAACAUGUGCUAUUUAGUGCAGUCUGCGUUCUGUCGCUUGUCGGGCAGUGCAUGGGAAUCGGAGAGGUUAUUUGGGCCGUGAAUUGCGGCGGGAGCAGUCACACCGAUGUCCAAGGCAUCCGUUACCAGGCGGAUCCACAGAAAAUCGGGCAAGCCUCUGAUUAUGGCAAAAGUCUUCUGAUCCAAAGAGUGGUACCACAGGACCAAAUAUUGUACCAGACUGAACGCUAUCACAUGUCCACCUUUGGCUACGACGUUCCACUGUCAAAAGACGGAGACUAUGUUAUUGUUUUGAAGUUUUCCGAAGUGUGGUUUACAGCGCCGAACAGGAAGGUUUUUGACGUAGUGUUAAAUGGCGAGCAUACCAUCGUCAGUGAGCUGGAUAUAUACAGUCGAGUGGGCCGGGGUGUUGCACAUGAUGAGAUUGUUGCAUUCUCUGUCAAAGGAGGCAAACUACGAGUUAACGGAGAGACGUCGCAGAUUGAUGGAAAGUUAACGGUUGAGUUUAUCAAGGGAGAUUAUGACAACCCCAAAGUGAACGCUAUCUAUGUGAUGAAAGGAACUUUAGAUGAAGUACCAAAGUUACCUGCCCUUCCUGGUGACUCUUCAAGGGAAGAGGUAGAGGAGGAAGAAGAGGAGGAAGUGGUGCCAGGAAAAACCCCAAAGUCUCGUCGCCCUUCAGGACCAAAAGUCAAAGACCCGUAUGCAGCAGACGACACCAGCACUAUGUUAUUACCAGUCUUUGUAGCGAUAGGAGCCUUCAUUCCAUUGCUAUUUUGUUUAUGUAAAUUGUAGAAAUAAAUGUGGGUCUUUUGUAAUCAAGGCAAGACUGAGUUGUGCAUACUGCCAGAAAACUCCAGUCCCUGGCCAAAUCUGCAAGAAGAACCCCCAUCUUAGAAGUGAAUCGUCAUGUCCAAAUUCAAAAAUUUUCAAGCAACAGUUCUUGAGCUAAUUUCGAUUUUUCUUAAACUGGUUUCCGCAUUAAGUUCUUUAUUACAAGUAACAGCCCCUCAUUAACUUAAGCAAGACGAAUAUUGUCAAUUGAUUUACCGUUUCCAUGGUUACUAGAGAGAUGGCUGGUUUGAUUUUAAUGAAGUAAUUUUUGCCAAUCACUUACUGGAUUGUACUCUCAUAUCAUGAUGACUGAUAAACACAAAUUCAAAAUUUUGUAAGGACCUUAUUUUGCAUUUUAGUUUGUUCCAGAUUUGACCAGGGACCGAGUCUAAAUGUGUCCACCAGUGCAUAUAUAUGUCAUCAGGGAUUAUGUUAUUGUCAGUGGAUUUAUUUAUGGUUGAUCAUGUCUGAGUUCUUUAUGAAAGAACAUGUUGCUCAGUGCUUCUAAUACCAAUCUAGAAUUUAUUCCAUUAAGUUAAUGGUGUAGGACAGAUACAGUCAGUUUCACAAGGAUAUCCUUAGGUCAGUGUGUACAUCCAGGAAUAGACUUAGAACUAAUAUUGUAGCUUGGGACUAAUGUGACAUAGUCAAGGUGUCCUGAACUUAGAAGAUGUGUCACAGUAUUCUGAUAGCUAAUAGACUAGUGCAGAGGUAUGCAAAAGGCUAGUAGACUAGUGUCAAGGUAUAUUGAAUGCUUGUCAGCUUGUGUCAAGGUAUCCUGAAGGCUAGUGGACUAGUUUGAAGGUAUCCUGGAGGUUAGUAGACUAUGUGAAGGUAGCCUGGAUAUCUCGAAGGCUCAUCAACUAGUGUCAAGGUAUCCUGAAGGCUAGUAUCUUGGAGGCUAGUAGACUCUUGUCUCUUGAUAUCUUGAAGGCUAUUCGGCUAGUGUCAAAGUAUCCUCAAGGAUAGUUGACUAGUGUCAAGGUUUCCUGGAGGUUAGUAGACCAGUGUCUCGAUAUCUUGAAGGCUAGUCGGCUAGUGUCAAAGUAUCCUCAAGGAUAGUUGACUAGUGUCAAGGUUUCCUGGAGGUUAGUAGACCAGUGUCUCGAUAUCUUGAAGGCUAGUCGGCUAGUGUCCAGGUAUCCUGAAGACUAGUAGACUGGUGCCUCAAUGUUAAUGAAUGCUAGUCGACUAGUGGAGAUAUCCUGAAGGCUAGUAGACUAGUGUUAAGGUUAACUGGAGGCUAGUAGACUAGUGUCUCGAUAUUUUGAAGGCUAGUCAGCUAGUGUCAAGGUAUCCUCAAGUAUAGUGCACUAGUGUCAAGGUUUCCUGGAGGCUAGUAGACUAGUGUCUCGAUAUCUUGAAGCCUAGUCGGCUAGUGUCCAGGUAUCCUGAAGGUUAGUAGACUAGUUUUUCAAUAUCUUGAAGGCUUGUCGACUAGUGUAGAUAUUAAGUGCAGAGGUAUCCUGAAGUCUAGUAGGCUAUGUAGUUGCACACUGACUAGUGUCCUGAUGCUAAUAGACUAGUGUGAAGAUAUCUUGAAGGCUAUUAGACUAGUUAUAGGGUACCCCGAGGCCGAAUAUUCUCCUGUCGUGGUAUCGUGUGGAAUAUCACUGGAAACAAGUAAUCUGCUCCACCUCAAUUCCUUCUCUGAAAUGUAUGUGCAGUACACAUGACUCUUCUUCAUACAGGGGCGGUCGGGUAGCCUAGUGGUUAAAGCUCAUCACGCCGAAGACUUGGGUUCAAUUCCCGACAUGGGUACAAUGUGUGAAGCCGAUUUCUGGUGUCCCCCGCCCUGAUAUUGCUGGAAUAUUGCUAAAAGCGGCGUAAAAACGAUACUCACUCACUCUUCUUCAUACAAUCUAAACCCUUUCUUCACUUCCACAGUUGAGACAUGAAUUAAGUUUAUUCAUUAAAAGGCCCUGUGGCAAGUCAAUACAAGCAGAUGCUCACCUACUUGGCUGAGAAUGACUGUCCACCAGAAAGAUAUGUCUUUAGCUGACUCUUGAACAUGUGAGCUCAGAGCCCAACAGAAGAGAAGAAAAUGGAUGAUGUUUGCCUCGUGUUAAAUCAUUUGCUCGUCAUGCUGAAGGUCUGGGUUCAAUUCCCCACGUGGGUACUAUGUGUGAAGCCCAGUUUUUGUGUCCCUCACCAUGAUAUAGGUGGAAUAUUGCUAAAAGUUGCGUAAAACCCAACUCACUCAAUCACACAUUCAAGUUAGGGAGAAAGGAUAAAACGAUGCACAGAAUCUCUGAUGCACAGUGAUAUGUGACCUUCGAUACGAUACAUGAUACAUAUGUAAGUGUAUCGCAAUGCAUGACAAUACAAAAUAACUUUUUCAAAAAAUAAAUAGGGAUAAACUUGGGCUUGAAAAGCUGCCCGUAUCCUACAAAGGAGCUGUUUGGUAUCAUUUUGCCUUCUCUUCUUUUCGUUUUUGUGAUGGAGUCAGAACGCUGGACAAGAAGAAAGAGGCUGUCACCAUUUUUCAUUCAUCUGAAGUACACAAGUAUUUCUGUUCAUGGCUUCGUGUUGUAAUUCUGGCGUAAUGGGAUAUACGUAUCAUAUCAGACCCUGUGUAUUGAGAUAUGUAUUGUGGCAUGCCAUACUGUUGCAGCCUUAUGGGAGAAAGAGUGUAAAGGUGUACAAUGCUCAAAUUAAGUGAGUGAGUUGGGUUUAACGCCACUUUUAACAGUAUUCCAGUUAUAUCUCGGCAUGUCAGCUUAAUGUGAGAGGAAAGCCCG